AAUAUUGUUUUAUUUCCGUUUCCUUGAGCUGUCAAUUCGGACGCCAUAUUUGAUAAGUUCCUAAUGAGAAACGCCGAAGCGUUACCCAAGAAAUAAAGGAAAUUAACGUAAAUUAUAUCCUAAUUUAUUCAAUAAAUAAGUUAAAAUGUCAGGCGGAAGCAGCAGCAACAGAAAUGAAUGCAGAAUAUACGUUGGCAACCUUCCCCCCGACAUAAGGACAAAGGACAUUCAAGAUCUAUUUUACAAAUUCGGCAAAGUUACGUUCGUUGAUCUGAAAAACAGAAAAGGACCACCAUUUGCAUUCGUCGAAUUUGAGGACCCGAGAGAUGCAGAUGAUGCUGUCCGCGCUCGCGACGGCUACGACUACGACGGCUACAGGCUGCGCGUGGAGUUCCCGCGCGGCGGCGGCGGCGGCGGAGGCCGAGGCGGGCGCGGCGGCCCCGAGCGCUUCGGCGCCCGCACCGCCACGCGCGGCCCGCCGGCCCGGCGCUCCGAGUACCGCGUGCUCGUCACCGGCCUGCCGCCCUCCGGCUCCUGGCAGGACCUCAAGGACCACAUGCGCGAGGCGGGCGAUGUCUGCUUCGCCGACACCUUCAAAGAUGGCACCGGUGUUGUCGAGUUCUUGCGUCACGAAGACAUGAAGUAUGCUGUCAAGAAACUUGAUGAUUCAAGGUUCAGAAGUCAUGAGGGCGAGGUGUCGUACAUUCGCGUGAAGGAAGACUACGGUGGCGGCGGUGGAGGCGCUGACCGCUACAGCGGAGAUCGCGACAGGUCCCGCUCGUACUCGCCGCGGCGGCGCGGCUCGCCGACGUACUCGCCCGUGCGCCGCUCCUACUCGCGCUCGCGCAGCCGCUCGCGCAGCCACAACUACUGAGCACAGGUCGGUACCCCACUGCCCUGACCGACAUUUACAAGCCUAGCCGAGAUUCAUACAUUGCACUAUGGUACAUGUCACCAUAGAUUAAAAAAAAUAUUGACGUCUUGGACUAAAAAGGUUUUAAAGAACAUGUCCAGACGAUUCAUGAGAUCUAGACUGAAUAAAUGUCGUCAAAUUACAAAGUAAAUGAUAAUUGUGCAUUCCAUGCAUUUGCAAUGACUUGUGAUCUCUUCACUUUGUUUGAGAAUUAUUAAUAGCGCAUCACUUACUGCUCAGUGUCAAUUACAAUGUCAAUUUCAUUAGCAUACUUAUAAAUGUUGUAGGGCUUAGCAUAGGUGAAAUGUUUUAUAUUAUUCAAUGAAAUUCUAAGGAUUAUUUUAUCUUAUUAUCAAAUGUCUUUGUAAUAUAAUGAAUGACUAAAAUCCGUAUCUAUAUUUAUACUGUCUUGGAAAUAUUUUUACAUAAGCGACAGCAAUAUUUACAGUAAAGGAAGGAUACACUGGAUAUAGCAGUUGACAGCUUAUUGAGAAUAACACUGGACUACUCAGGACUUUUUCCAAAUAAUUGAAAAUAUCUCCGGACUUUAUAAGGAUAUGGAUUUCAUAUGGAUUUAUCAGGUUUGCGGGAAUACAGACAUACUUUGGCAAAUUAUAAUUGACAUAGCUUUACUAAAGUUAUUCUUUCCUUUUUAAAUCUUUUUAUUUUGCAUUCCAAAAGUAUCAUUAUGUUUUUAUGAGUUUGUGCUUCAAUUAAUUUCGUAAAAUGCGUGUUCAGUAUUUAUUUUCAUAAAUUGGAAGAUAAUCUAAAUUAUCAUAAGAGAGAUAUUUAUAAUUAUUACUUUUAAAAAAAUAUUUUAAUCUCCUAUUUAUCAACAAUUGUAAAAGUACAGGAUAAUAACAAAACAUGUACUGCAUAAUCGACUUAAUCUUGUUGUAUUUUAAUUGAACUGUCUCGAUGUCCGAAUGUGGAGGACGGAGUACGUAAACUGGAAGCUCCCUAUUGCUAGUACCGGCGACCACAGACUACUAAGCACAUGGAGUGCAAAGACUAAGCUCAUUUGUUCAAGUUUUACUAGAAAUGAUUCCUAAAUGUAGUGGAGUUGGUCUUGGUCUCCAUCAGCAGAGUUCCCUGUGUUCGCUCGCUAUACCGUAUGACAACUGAAGGUGUAUAUUUCGACAGCUGCCGGAGCGGCGGGCGGCGGCGCGGCGGCGGACGGCACACACGCUAGACAUAAGACACGUUACUGUAGCGGCCCCGCGCCGCCCGCGGCCGAGACUGGCCGACUGGCGGUCGAGACUCGGCCGCGGCCGGCGGCCGACGCGGGCGCGGCAGUAGCUCGGCCGCGUCCGCUCGCGUUGUAUUCCCGACUGUUUAUAAUUAAAAGCAUUUUCUUUUGUUUCAUCCACUGUGGAUUGGGCUCGUUGGAUGUGCUUGGCUGGAGGUGUGAGUCAGGAUAGAGCCUCGCGUGUAGGAUCGGACCGCACCGGCGGAUCUCUGGCGGACAUUUGACUAUUUGUCGCGUGGAUGUAAAGUUCCCUUUGGGAUGUUGGAUUUGGUAUCGGACGGUUGCGGCGCCACCUCCGCGCUGGAUCAGGAUCAGGACCUUUGGGUAUGAAUAUUCAAAUUAAUUGCAAAAUAACUUAUGUUGAGUGCACGCUCGGUACAGAGUAUUAAUGUUUGUUUGGAUAUCCUUAACUCACACUUUAUUUGCUUCUCGAUGUCUGCCGUUUAUUUCCUAGACGUAGGACGUCGGUCAGAGACGAUAUGACAGAAAUUUUCUAUUAGCUUUGCUCAUUAGUGUGUUAGACCUAACAAUUCAGUGUCAUAUAUAAAUAAUUAGCAUGCUUUAUGAGCUUUCAUACAACCUACCUGCGUGACAGCGAUACGAGGCGUAUGUCUGGAUGUCUGGCCGAGAAUGGAUGUUGUUUUAAAAAUUGACGUAUUAUGUAAGUAAUAGAAAUUGUAAUUAUGUGAUGUUAGGGACUCGAGAUAAAUCACAAAUGUAUAGUAUGUAACGUGCGCGUCGCCGACGCUCGAUAUCAUAGCUGUAAUGUGUGGACAUACAUGAUGUAAUUUAGGUACUGGAUCUGCAUUCCAAAGACCAACACAGUUUGAUGGACUUAAUAAAUUCCUUACAAAAGA